GCCUUUCACGCGGUCAUCUCCCGGUCAGGGCAAAACAUUGCUUUGGGUACUAUUUCACGUGAAAGUUGAAGUCCUUGGACAACCGUACAUUUUGAAACAUAAUAUUAUUGAAUUUUAUUGGAAUGGAUUACGUGACCUCGUCCAGGCGCGCCGCUGUGUUGGAUGGGUUCAUUAUCGCUUUUGCAUGCAGACCGGAGUUACACAAAUGCUCGUACGACUGUUAAAAGUGACGCAUGAUGGAUAAAAAGACUGGAAAGUUAUCGGGGCUCAUUAGAUGUUGUUUCGUGAAACCGUUACGACGAGAAGUGUGCUUUGAUCGACAAUAUCGGCCCAUAUGCCUUGGAGGAACACAAAUGGAGCGAGAAUUUCGAACUGUGGGCGUCAGUAACGGUCAGUGCGGCAGUAUCCAUUGUAAGCAACCUGUCUCCACACGGUUAAGGGGAGCAGUAAAACAUGUCUGAAUUAUUCAUGUGGUGUGUAUCAUCUCUGCUUGACUGGAGCCCUUCUGAAACCUGCUCUGAGAUGGGAUGUACAGGUCAAAGGUUUACGUCGUCUUCGUUGCAGCUUCCAGUCUGGUAUCGUGUCACCCAGUUGGUGUACAGCGGCGUCACCGUCAUGUGUUUGACCUCAGGCCGAAAACGGAUGAGUGCCACCAAUCAGUGUCGUUGGCUCAGCUCGAAUGUGGGAUUGACACUUUUUGUCCGGUCCAAUAAGGAGGCCGAGCAUGUGACCAUCAAGUGGAUUGAUAUGCCAGACGCGGCGAGGUGGAGCCCCCCAAGACCCCCUUCAGGUCGCACGACCCCAUGUUGUCUGGUCACGAGACGUUGGUGAACCUUGGCCUUUUCCCUCCGAGGGGAACAUAAAAAGGAUUUGUGAGCUGCAGCAAGUGUCCCUUGGUCUUGGUGUCUCAGCAUCCUCGGUCUCAUAUUUUAGAAACUUCAAGUGUUUGCUUUGUAUUCAUCGCUCCCAACAUGCUGAGGCUGCAUACUGCAGACAGAUACGAUGGCCCCCCUCCCGGCGAGAUCGUCCCUCCCUGCGCCUGUUAUAACCUGAUCUCUACUGGCGCGAAAAAGCCACUGCGGGGCGGAACCGCAGCCUGCAACUUGUUGACUUUUUCCUACAUCAUUACUAAAAGAAAAACCCAAGAAAAAGAAGCCGCCAAGCAGUUCGGUGGAUUUGCCAUUGCCGAGUCGGUUCGAAAGGACGAAAACCCACAGAGGACUCGAGUUGGACUUCUUAGCCUAACAAUGGAGGCGGACUGUUACCAGCACUAUUUUUUCGACGACUUUGACACCGAGGAGGAUUUCUACAAGUUCACCGCCCCAAGCGAGGGCAUUUGGAAAAAGUUCGAGCUCCUGCCCACCCCUCCCUUGUCGCCCAUCCGGACUAUGCAGGGAGACAAGCUGAGCUGGUUGUCCCGAGUCCUGGUUCCGGACGACGAGUGCGAGGGGCACCCGGGGCUCCUCCGCAACCUCAGCUCCAUCAUCAUCCAGGACUGCAUGUGGAGUAGUUUCUCUGCCAGCAAGCAGCUGGAGAAGGCAGUCCACGGGAGACAGCCGGCUCCGCUUCGGCCUCCCGGAGUCCCCCCGGACCCGCAGAUCCCCACCAGGCCGAGCAAUGCGCACUGCGUCUCGGCGAGCGCUAACAUCGCCACGUCGGCGGCGGAAUGUGUUGACCCCGCAGCAGUUCUCGCAUACCCGGCCGGCAGUUGCAGGAGGGCGGCGUCAUCCGGCUCCGAGUCGCGGAGCGACUCCUCCGAUGACGAAGAGGAAAUUGAUGUUGUCACCGUGGAGAGCAAACACAAUCAGGUCCGACUGGCAAGUGUCCGUAAGCCGGUGACCCUCACGGUGCGUGCGGACCCGUGCCCCAAACGCUUCCACGCCUCGGUUCACCGCCAGCAGCACAACUAUGCUGCCCCCUCCCCCGACAGUGAGCCUGAUGAUGACGACGGCGACAAUGAAGACGACAACGAGGAUGAGGAGGAGGAGCUCCAUAGGAAACGCACGGGGCCGGCGUUCAGCCCUCCAACUUCCCCCUCGGGAAGCUCCUUGAACUCUGAUGCGGAGGACACGGACCGCCGAAAGAACCACAACUACCUGGAGAGGAAGAGGAGGAACGACCUGAGGUCCAGAUUCUUGGCCCUGCGGGAUCAGAUCCCGGGUCUGGAGUCGACCAAGACCCCCAAGGUUGCCAUCCUGACCCACGCCACGGAAUACCUCACGGAGCUGCACGCCAAGGAGAAGCAACAGCUGCAGGAGCGGAAACGCCUCAAAGCCCGCCAGCAGCAUCUCCUGCGCAGGUUAUCUGUGCUGAAGCGUUCUUGAACCCGCAAAUAGGAACUCUUGUUACUUUUCCAAAGCCACAAUUUUUGUAAGACAUCAUGCCUCAUGUAAAUAGCCUCCAGUUAUGUCUGGAAAACUUUCAUCAGUUUGUAGCAAAAUUGUAAACCUAAACCUGUCACCGACGGUUGGGUUGUCUGAUCUCAGUGUGUGGAGGUUUCUUUCCUGUUUUGCACAGUUAUCUAGUGAGUGUAACACAAGAGAUGUUUGUAGAUGUGACAGGAGAUGUUUUCUGGUGUGCUGUGAUGGGAGCUGAGGAACUCCAAUGUGUGUUACCUUGUGUGACAAUACAGUGCCGUGAAAAAAAAAAAUCCAAUCCUUUCUAACCAGCUGUGAAAAAGUAAUGUCUCACUGAAUCGAAUAGCAGCUUGUGCCACCCUUGGAAGCAAUAUCCGAAAUCAACUGUUUGCGAUACUUGGUGAUGUCUUUCACAUUGCUCUGCAAGAAUUUUGUCCCACUCUGCUUGGCAGAAUUUUCAACUCCGCCCAAUUGGAAGGUCUUCUAGCACAAAAUGCCCUUUUGAGGUCACACCACAGCAUCUCAAUUGAAUUUGAAUCCAGAAGUUGACUUUCAGACUAGUUGAUGCGUUUCGGAUUGUUGUCCUGCUGCGUGAUCCAAGAGCGCUUGAGUUUCAGGAGACAAACUGAUGGGCAGACGUUUUCCUUCAGGAUUGUCUGGUACACAGUAGAAUUCAUUGUUCAGCAAGUUGCCCUGGUCCUGAGGUGACAAAGCAGCCUAAGACCGUAGGGUUAGGGUUAGUUUCAAGACUCUUGAGCAUGAUUAAGAUGUUUUUGGGUGAAAUGUGAGACGAGCCUUUGUAUUCUGUGCUGGCAGCAGAGGUUUUUGCCUGUGGACUCUCACAUGGAUGCCAUUUUUGGCCAGUGGCUUUCGUAUGGUAGGGUGACAAACACUGACCUUAACUGACUCCAGGAAGGCCUGCAGGUCUUAAGAUGUUGUUCGAGGUUCUUUUGUGACUACCUUUAUGGAUCAUCGGCGCAAUCUCGGACUAAUUUUAGUUGGCCAUCCAUUCCUGGGAAGGUUUGCCAUAGUCCCCAGUUUUCUCCAUUUGUGAAUAAUGAGUCUGACAGUGGUUUGCUGGAGCCCCAAAGCCUUGGAAAUAGCUUGAUAACCUUUUCCAGACUCACCUUUCCCAAAUUGGUGGUUAGUCACAUUGACUUUUUGAUUUAACGAGGGGAGGCGUAUUUCUUUAUCACAGACAGUUGGAAAGGUUUGGAUUUUUUGUGUGCCUUAACAAUUUGAAUCGUCAUUGGAAAACUGCAUUUUAUAUUUCCUUGUGUUAUUGCUGAGUGAUGUUGAAAUUAAUUUGAUGAUUUGAAAGCUUUGUGUGUGAUGUGCAAAAAAUUAGGAGAGGGGCAAAUACCUUUUCACGGCACUGUAUAUGAUAUGUGCGGAAUCAAGCUCAAGAUGACUAAAUACCAUCGUUGCACAUUAAGAAUCGAGUGCUGUGGACGGUGCGAGUGUGUGAGCUGGUUUGUUUGUUUUUGUCCUGUAUUUGUAUUUCUCUGUAAAUAAUAGCUUAUUGCUCCCGAUGGAGGAACAUAACAAAACCGAGCUUUACUUUUCUGUAUGAUUUCCCACCAGGCUUUCAGGAGCCUCUAUUUUGUUAAGAAAAUGUGGAGUAAAAGAACAAAAAAAAAAACAAAAAAAGCGUUUAAGUAGCACUGCUGUACUUUACACUCACAUGUCACUUUGUGAUCGCAAUGCAUCUCCUGAUUUUGGUUGAUUCUAAAGCAUGCUCAUUCAACAGCAACAUUAAAUUUUGUUACCAGAUUUGCAACCAAA